GGGGAUAGUUGGCCAUGUUCUCCCCCAGCUGAAGCAGACAGUCCGAGAAACCUUUAAACACCGAGUCACAUUGACCAGCACUGACCAGCACCGUCUGCAACACAGAGACUGCAGGAGAGGAGGGGGGAGGAAGAGGUCACAGAAAGCGACGACCUUUGACCUCUGACCUCAGCAGUGAUGAUAGAAGAAGAUGGGCAUCAUGUAACGAGAGGAAGCAGUGUGUGUAUAUAAACCGAUGAAGCUGAAGUCAUUCUGAUCAUCUGAUCAGAUCUGAUCGUCAGAGACUCGACAGACGAACCUCCCUCCUUCAUCUCAGUGACGACCAUGUCUCAGUCAACCAGCACCUACAGGGGGCGCUACACCGAGCCGGUGCCGACGUCGAACCUCUCGACCUUAGAGGAAGAUUUCCCAGAGUUUGAACCUUUUGAUGACGCCGGCACUGAGGCGGGGCCCAGAUCGCACGCACCUGCUGCAGGGGCUCUGUCGGUGCAGAACAUCGACAUGUAUCAGCAGGUGAACAAACCGAACCACUUCACGUCCGCCUACGACAUCGAGAACCUGGUGGUGCGACGUGGUCAGGAGUUCGUCAUCAGAGUGACCUUCAGCCACCCGCCGACCCCCGAGGACGACUUCCAGCUCGAGUUCCUGAUCGGCUCCGACCCCUCGGCCAAUAAGGGCUCCCUGGUGGUGGUGACGUUCGGCGCCCGUCGCGGCGGCCCGUGGUCGGGUCGCAUCAUGGAGAAUCAGGGUCAGACGCUGGUGCUGGGCGUCACCCCGACGCCGGACGCCAUCGUGGGGAAGUUCCGUACGUACGUGGCCAUCGUGGCGGGCAGCGGCCUGCAGAGGACGAAGAGGGACCCACAGACCGACCUGUACGUCCUCUACAACGCCUGGUGUCCAGAGGACACCGUGUUUCUCCCUGAUGAGGCAGAGCGGAGGGAGUACGUCCUGAACGACUACGGUGUGAUCUAUCAGGGCUCGGCCGGAUCUGUUGCACAACGCGACUGGAUGUAUGGACAGUUUGAGCGAGGCAUCUUGGACGCCUGUAUUUACAUCCUGGAUGCGUCUCGGAUGCCGAUCUACAACCGAGGCAACGUCAUCAAACUGGUCAGGAGGGGGUCCGCCAUGAUCAACUCACAGGAUGAUAACGGUGUGCUGGUGGGGAACUGGAGUGACGACUACUCCAUGGGCAAGGCUCCGACAUCCUGGACCGGCAGCGUCAAGAUCCUGCUGCAGUACGUCAACACUGGAGUCCCCGUCUGCUACGCCCAGUGCUGGGUGUUCGCCGGAGUCUUCAACACCUUCCUUCGUUGCCUCGGCAUCCCAGCGAGGGUCAUCACCAACUUCUCCUCCGCCCACGACAACACGGGCAACCUGAAGACUGACCUUAUCUUCAAGCCCGAUGGGACGCCGGACAAACGCCACACCAGGGACUCCAUCUGGAACUACCACUGCUGGAACGAGGUGUACAUCGUCCGUCCCGACCUGCCGCCUGGCUUCAGUGGAUGGCAGGUGGUGGAUGCCACGCCCCAGGAGACCAGUGACGGACAUUUCCGCUGUGGUCCAGCCUCAGUCGCUGCCAUUAAAGAAGGUCUGCUGUGUCACCCGUUUGACGCCGGAUUCGUCUUCGCUGAGGUGAACAGCGACGUGGUCUUCCUGAAGCGGGAUCGCUAUGGGACUCUGACUCCGUUCAAGGUGGAUAAGACUCACGUCGGUCAGGCUGUUUACACCAAAGCUGUGGGCAGCUCAUCAUCGAUGGAAAUCACACACACCUACAAGUAUCCUGAAGGUAGUGCAGAGGACAGCAGGUCUACGUCUCGGGCGGAGGAAUACGGCUGUGAGAGGGAUCACUCUGAGCUGCCUGACGCUCAGCUGUCUGUCACCAUCACCGCCAACCCGUGCUCCCUGGGUCAGGACUUGAACCUGAUGGUGGAUUUCAACAACCAGGGUGAACUCUCCCGGACCGUCCACGCUCACCUGGCCGGCUCGGUCGUCUUCUACACCGGAGUCACAGCCAAUCACUUCAAAGAUCAGGACUUUGUCGUCACUGUGGCGGCUUUCCAGAUGGAGCGUGUGAUGCUGAAGAUCACGGCUCAGGAGUACAUGCCUCACCUGGGCUCUCAGCUCUGCCUCCACUUUGUUGUGACUGGACAGGCUGACGACCAAUCAGUGACCGCCAUCAAGGUGAUCGACCUGGUGACCCCAAAACUCACGCUGGAGGUGAGCGGUCAGCCUCAGGUGAAUCGGGAAAUGUUUGUGACCGUCUCCUUCACCAACCCCUUCAGCUUCCCCCUGGAGAACGUCGACCUGUCCAUGGAGGGACCUGGACUCAUGGGCGACAGGACUCGUCACUACAGCGUCAUCGAGCCUCAGGCUUCGAUCUCCUGGAUGGAGUCGUUCGUCCCUCGGCUGGACGGACCUCGGCGCAUCGUAGCGGUGAUGGACAGCAACACCGUGCGUCAGGUGUAUGGAGCUGUUGAUGUCAUCAUCUCACCCUGAGAUGAUUGGCUAACAGAAUGGUGACCCCCCCCCCCCCCACACACCCAAUACUUUCCACCAAUCACAGCAGCCUCAGACUUAGUGGGCGGAGCCAACAAACAGCACCUCUAACCUCUUUUAAUCAUUUGUUUUUCUUCUUUAAUUUCAUUCAGACACAUCGAGGUCACAUCAUUGUUAACGUACAUGAAACCACAGAGAUCAGACUCACUGAUACUGCAAAUUAUUAGAUUCUUUAUCUUUACUAGAUGCAACCUUUAUUUGGUAAAUCUGAGAAACUGGAGGACAUUUUAAAUUGAUGCAGUGAUUUGAGUGAAAGCCAUAUUUUAGCCUCAUAAAAAAUUCAGAUUUCCCUUUGUUGGACAAACCAAAGCUACACAACCAACAUUUAUGCUGUUUUUUGUUAAUAAUAACGUAAAAUUAAAUCAGUUUAAAUCUACUUAGUCUACUCAGUUAAACUGCACUGAUUUUAAAAGGGGAACUUAAUUCACAAUAACUAAAAGCAGCAUUCACAGACUUUUACAUUUGAACUUUUUGUGUUUUCAUUGAAUAUAAAUUGAAAUGAGUUUUUUUCUCCGAGGUAAAUUAAAUUAGAAUAAAAGCCUCUUCCUGAUGAAAAGUGAUUUGAAAACAGUGAUGUGGACUCAGAAGUUCUCCUCCAUCACACCUCUGCUCUGACAGGAUGAGUUGAUAUCAAAUAUUAAUCGAUCCUGACGCCUUUCAAUCAAUAACCACCACCAACACUCAAACAGAGUCGACAGUGAGGAGCAGGUUUAUUUUUAUUUCAGUCUCUUAUCAGGUUAAAACUGAUGUGAUCUUAUCUUUUUCUUCUUCUGCUUUGUUCCUUUAACACCAGUUUUUAUUGAUUCUGAACAGACUAACAAAUAAAGCAUUUUCA